AAUGAUUUGGUAGAGGAGCAGGUGAAGAUUUGAAAGAGGAGAACUUGUUCAGACAGGGCGCAAGCGCAAGCCAGAUCAUCCCAAAGUGCUUCACAGUGAAGUAUUUUUUGCAGUGUGGUUACUUGUAAUGUAGGAAAUGCAGCAGCCAAUUUGCGCACAGCAAGCUCCCACAAACUGUAAUGUGAUAAUGACCCAUAUCACCUGCUUUUAAUGAGAUUAGUUGAGAGAUAAAUAUUGGCUCCAAGACACCGGAGCGUACCCUAAUACAAAAACAAAAUACUGCGGACACUGGAGACUUGAACUAAAAACAGAAAGUGCUGGAAAAACUCAGCAGGUCUAACAGCAUCUGUGGAGAGAGCAACAGAGUAAGAGUUAACGUUUCAGAUUUAACUAGUCUUCCUAUGAUGGGCGAUAUGACGACUCCUGAUUUUGAUGACCUGUUGGCUGCCUUUGAUAUCCCCGACUUGGACCCGCAGGACACCAUCGAGUCGGGCCAGGAGGAAGCCCCUUUGAAGCAGACCGCCAUAGCGGCCAGCAAGGCGCCAGCCGCCGAGCUUGCCGUGACACUGCCAGAUGAGCCAGUGGUCAGCGUGAUCGUCAAGAACAGCGUCAGCCCCAAGCGCUGUGACCCCACCCCCGUCCACCACCAGGAAGCCCACCGCUUCGACGCCAGCCCGCUGCACAACGGCUUUGAGGCCGCCUCGAUGCCCAGGUCGCCCAAGUUGGCGCCGCCAGCCGCCAACUGCGACAGCUGGCCAGGGAACCGGCCGAAGGCGGGCGCGGCCCGCGGAGGUAAAGAGCUAGAGGGGCUCCCUCCCUUCGAUGCGUCUGGCUGCCCGCAAACCGUGGACGUCAUGAAGGCCGAGGACCGGCCGAGCGAGGAGAAGGACCAAGAGGCUGGCUGCUUCUCCCCACAGUCCCCCCUCUUCCCCAUUCCACCGGACUCCGAGGCCUUGAAUUCCAGAAUGCCAGACGAAGACGGCGAGGAAAAGUCGCCCGUGAGGUACUCCCAGAGAUUCACGCUGGACGAUGAGGACCAACGGAGGGCGGGCGGCAAAGCCAGAUCCUCGUCGGAAGAGGAGGAGGAGGAGGAGGAGGAGGAGAAGCAAUCGGAUGUGGAAUCGGAGGAGAUGGAACAAAGCAGCGAGCCGGAAGGCAGCCUGCUUGAAGAGCCCGAUGGGGCGAGGGACAACCCCAGCACCUACUCUGUCCCGAUCUCUCCCGUGUCGCCGUGGCCAGACCCCAAUCCAAACUCAAGUGUGACGGUGUCUGCCGAUGUGAAGUCCCCCGACGGGACGGCUGAGAUGCAGCCACAGAGCCCCCUCGAGUCCUCAACGUCCAAGGGGAGCCCAAAGGCGUUUCCAUCGCCGCUGAGCCUCGGCAGGCAAGUUAAGAAGCAGCCUGAUAGCCCUCAGAGCGUCUCCAGCAACGAUGGCGACGACAGCAGCAGCAAGGAAUCCUCCUCCACCAGCUCCUCCCGGCCCCUCAAGGUGCGCAUCAAGACCAUUAAAACCUCCAGCGGGGGCAUCAUGAGGACGGUGACACGAGUCUCGUCUGAUUCCGAGCUGCAGAACAGCCGAGCCGUGGAGGACGGAGUGGUGCCGGGUGAUGAGACCGAGCCGAUGGAAGAAGGGGAAAUGGGGGAGGAAGAAGGGGAAGAGGAGGAGGGAAGAAGUCUGCUUCUACCCAAGGAAGAGACGCAAGUCCCUGGCCCUACGCACACGGACAGCGCCGAGGUCGUCAGCCUUCAGCUGGGCAACGGCACUAUCGUGAAAGGGACGGUCCUGCCGACUUCCACCUUCCAGAACGCCAGCACGGCCAUGCUAAUGGCGGCCAGCAUUGCCCAGAAGGCCACGCUGGCUCCGGCGAAGGCAGUGGGCGGCGCGAAACCAGUCUCCAAAAGCGUCCACUUGGCCAGCCUGAACCUGGUGCCCCAGACUCUCUCCGUGGCAACCCCGGCCAAGGCCCUGGCCUUGGCACCCAAGUUUGUCACCACCGCCCCUGCCGGCGGCACCACCACCACCACCACCCUGCAGCUGGCCACCAAGUCGGCUCUGACAGCGCAGUCACAGAAGACCUCCCAGGCCGCCAAUGGCUCCCCCGCGCCCCGCAGCCAAGCCGCCCCCCUGGUGGAGGCUUUCCACAAGCUGUUGAACGGGAAGAACCCGUUGCCGACCUACAAACCCAACCUCAACCCGCCGGCGGACAGCUGCUUGGCGCUGCCCCCCUCUGGUUACCGGUGUUUGGAGUGCGGCGACUCCUUCGCCCUGGAGAAGAGCCUGGCCCGGCACUACGACCGCCGCAGCAUGAGGAUCGACGUGACGUGCAACCACUGCGCCAAGAGGAUCGUCUUCUUCAACCGCUGCAGCCUGAUGCUGCACGCCCGCGAGCACAAGGACAAGGGGCUGGUCAUGCAGUGCUCCAACCUGGUCAUGAAGACCAUCAGCCUGGACCAGAUGAUCGGCCAGCCCGAUGUCGCCCCCGUGCUGCCGGGGGGGGGUGCGGCGGCGGCCGCCUCCGGCCAGGCUGGCAUCUCCAAGGCCGGGGGGAAGAGCGCCGCGGCGGCAGACACGGCCCCCGCCCCCCACCAGAGCUCGCCGGUGAUGCCCCUCUUCCCCGACCCAGCCCUCAUCAACUGCGAUAACUUCAACUGCACUGAGUGUGACCAGCAGUUCGCUGACCAGGUCGAGCUGGCCAUGCACUUUCAAGUGGGGGCUCCAAACGCCGCUGCACAGGUCUGUCAGCUGUGCCAGAUGUUACUCCCCAGCAAGUGUAGCUACUUUGCUCACUACCGCCUGCACAAGAGCAAGUCGCCGUACAUCUGCCCCGAAUGUGGAGGGGUCUGCCGGGCAGCGCACAUCCAGGGGCACGUGAAAGACGUCUGCUUUCACUUUUCCCGCAAAGUCGGAUACAAGUGCCCCCAGUGUGGAGUUGUGUACGGAGGAGUCACCUCAAUCAAGUCUCACAUUCAGGACAUGCACUGCGAGGCAUUCCACAAGUGCCCGAUAUGCCCCAUGGCAUUCAAAUCUGCCCCCAGUGCACACUCGCACAUCUACACGCAGCACCCGGGAGUCAGCAAUCAGCAAGCCAAAGUGAUUCACAAAUGCGCCAUGUGUGAUACGGUUUUCACACACCAGCCGUUGCUGAGCUCCCACUUCGACCAGCACCUGAGCAAGCAACGGGUCAGUGUCUUCAAGUGCCCACAGUGCCCGGUGCUUUACGCCCAGAAACGGACCAUGAUGGAGCACAUCAAGAGCACUCAUUCCAACUUAAAGAACGAGGAGGUGGUUCAGAGUCGGACAGUCGCAUCUGUCAAAGCACCGGUGAAGUCAAGCCCAGACUCUACGGACGUCUCCACGGAUGAGUCGUCCACUAGCCCCAAGGCUGUCCUCAGCCUUCAGCGGAGGAAGGAGAUGAGGCUGAAGCUGAAGAACGCAGGGUGGACCUGCGGGCUGUGCCAGAUGUGGUUCCCUGAGCGCGAGGAGUACGUGACCCACAUGAAGAGGGACCAUGGCAAGGCUAUGAAGAAGUUCCCAUGUCGACUCUGCGAGAGGUCGUUCUGCUCCGCGCCCAGCUUGCGCAGACACGUUCGAGUCAACCACGAGGGGAUCAAACGCGUCUACAGCUGCCGACAUUGCACCGAGGGGAAGCGGACGUUCAGCAGUCGCCUGACUCUGGAGAAACAUCUACAAGUCAUUCAUGGUAUUAACAUGGCGGACCACGCACAGGACCAGGAGAAUCUCUUUGAGAGAGUGAGCAUUAAGACAACCAUUCGCAAGCGGCCUGGUUCGCGGGAUGGGAUGGAGCGCUGGGGCUCCGAGACCAGCAAGAGCCGGAAGCUGAACGGGAGCUCACCCUACCGAUGCAUGAAAUGUGGUUACACCACCAACAGCUUCUCCGAUUUCCACAAGCACAUCCCCCAGCACAGGACAGGCAGCUCAUCGUUCCAGUGUCGCCAGUGUGGGCUUUGCUUUGCUGCCCACCUUUCCUUAACUCGCCACCUCUUCAUUGUGCAUGGGGUGAAGGAGUCAGAGGGGCCGAAGGUAACUGAGGAGAAGGGAGAGACCGAGUGGAUAAAAUUGGAGGGUGGGGUGAUAUGUGACGUGUGUGGGAAGCUGUUUGAGAGUGUGCCGUUGUUAAAGACACAUUUCCGGACACAUGGGAUGGCCUUCAUCAAAUCAAAGCAAAAUGGCCUGGAUAAGUAAGUGCGCAAUAUUGAUUUAAAAACUUUCUUUUUAAAAGAUGUUUUAUUUAUAUGGAGCCUGGCAAGGUGAAUGUCAGAGACCUGAAUGCCCUGAGAAACGGAAAAUUUGCCCCUUGUUUCGUUUAUGAUUGUCUCCCGUUAUUGCAGUCCUGCAUAUUGUUGGCCAGCUUCCAGUAGAGGGAUGUGAGGGUUUGGGAAGAGACCGGUUUCUGCCCGGUGUGGUGUUAAGGCAGCUAGGCUCCACCACCCCCCCCCCAGUUGGCACCGAGGUGACCUGAUCUCGCCCGGGAUCGUGUUAGUAGGACUACAGUCGACCUGGGUUCCCCCAAAUAUCCCCAUCCCAGUGAGGCCCUGACCACCCAGUGAAGAGAGAGAGGCUCUGGAUGAGGUUCCCCCCAACCCCCCACGGGGACAUCUAAACGAGUGAUGCAGCCACACGGUUCCCCCGCUUUCUAUCCCUCCACCUAGGACCCCAGUUACUGCCUCCCCGGUGUAAUAUCCCUGCACUCUCAUCUAUCGCUAAGGGACACAUUGGGUGUUCUGACGUGCCUCUGCGGGGAGGAUGAGGAAGAGGGAAGAUCCUUCUACACUAAGUAAAUAGCGAUGAGGAAAGGGAUUUUGUUUUGCGCCCCCAUUUCAGUACCUUUACCAGAGGUAAACGCUGACACUGACCCCUUCCCAGCAUCUGUUCCACACACACUAAAGGCACAAACAGAAGCAAACAAAAUGGGGUUGGCCCUCAGUAACCGAGGCGACACUGAAAUGUGGUAAUUUUGAUACUGUCUCAUGAUUUAUACUUUCAGAUCACUUACUUUUUGUUAAUAAAUGUGCCUGAGGAGGGCAGGUUGGUGUUGAAUCUCAGCCACUGUUGCUCUGUCCUUUUUAUUUUAAAAGGACGCUUUUGAACAGACCCACUCCGGGCUCCGGGGUUCCUGUUCCUGUGUCUUCCCUGCAGCUUCCCCCCCGCCCCCCUCCAACCCCCCACUUGGUUCCACCUCCCCUGCCUCUCCCUCAGGCCAAGCUGCCUGGCGAUGCUCAUCCCUCUCGUCUCCUCCGCUAGUUGUGAGGUUUCAGCUCUCGGACGUAGGAUACGCGGCAGCUGAACCCAAAACCUCUGCCGAAAUCCAGGGUUUUCUCUCUGGAGAUGAAGGGGGCGUGGGCGGCUCCCGGAGGGUUGAGUUAACAAGCUGAGCGAGUUAUUAGUGGACUUGAGCACACACAACAAGCUGCUGGAGCUCCCUGGUUAUCACCCCGACCGCUGCGGUACAGGAAAUCGCAGCUGGGGAUGUUGUGCUUAGCCCCCCCCACCACCCCUCUCCCCACCCGCCCUGUCCCAGCUUUGAGCAAACGAGUUUUUAAUUAAUAGCGGUUUAACGUGGUACCCCCCCUGAAGCAUGAGCACAGUCGGACUGGGAGCACGACGUUGUUAGCGGGGAGGCAUUUGGCAGCUCGGCGUCAUGUGCUGAGUUAACUGUGCGGGGAGAUGGGGGGGAGGUAAACUCUUGCCGGGUGCUGUGGUAUUUUGUCGGGGACCUGUCACGCUGGUGUGUCCCGGGACGCCUCCAUUUCGCGCUCUCGCCCACCUCCCCCCCCCCCCCCCAGGUCCUGGGUGCGCUGGCCCCCUCCACAUCGGCAACAGAACACAAUUACCGCUGCACACAGCGCAAGACUGGACCUGCUGCCGGCAGAGAGAGGUUUGCAGCUGAGAUGCGAGUAAAGCACACGGCUUAACCGGGGCACUCCUGCCCCUCUGCCUGUGCCUCGCAAUCCGUUCCCAAAAGGAAUCGAGACCUUCUGAUAUUUUCAGCAAUCAUUUAAAUUUGCGAAAGGGUUAAUGAGAGUUUCGUGAACACACACACACACACACACCCCUGCCCCAACUGCUGCUGUCCUGCUGGGUAAUUGAAGCUCCAGUAAUCUCCCAGAUGUGAACUGAACUGAAUUAGUGAAUUCCAGCUGGAAUGGUGGCUGGUGGGGGCUGGGGAGGGAUCUGUGUGUCUGGCUGUCUGUGUCUGCCUUGUGUGUCUGUCUUGUGGGCCUGUGUGUGUGUGUGUGUGUGUGUGUGUGUGUGUGUGUGUGUGUGUGUGUGUGUGUGUGUGUGUGUGUGUGUGUGUGUGUGUGUGUGUGUCAGGUGAGGUUGGGAUUGGCUCAGCUGUGAUGGCCUCCACAGUUGAAUGCCCCGCUGACACUCCCUGGUACUUGGAGGAUGGUAAGGACCUGUGGGAUCAGCAAACAUCACUGUGGAAGCAAGACAAGAGAGGUAUGAGUUUCAGGUACCAUUUAGAAGCAGAGGGACUGAUGUUGAGGGGGUACAUGCACACAUCCAUACUAGUAUGCACACAGACGGACAGAUUCAGACUGAGGCACAUAGACACACAUCCAUAAGCCUGUUGGCCACAUCGCAGGGGCUAUUGAGAGGCGCCAUGAACAGGCAGUGCAUUCUGGACCCAGUGACCAGCAGGGGAGAUGGAGCUGGGCUAGAGAAGGUCAGGGCUCCUACUUAGCAUGACUGUCCAGUGAUCAUCGGUGGAAACUGUGAAACACCUCGCUCAGCUGAACAUCCUUUGACCACCAAUGUCUUUGGUGCACACAGCGCGCGCACACCCACUCAGGCAAGGCAGCACUGGCCAACUGGAACCUCGAGCUGCAGUUCUGUAACUGAAGAGGGGCCAGACAAAAUGGAUGGAAA